CUCGUCGCGUUCUGUUGAGCUGGAGAAAUGUUUGGAUCGCUGAAUGCCAACUACGUGCGGAUGGUCAUUGCUGGCUCCUCCGUAGUUGUUUCGCUUCUCAUAGCGGGCUUUACCACCACCUGGGUGGAGAUCCAUAAGUGCUGGGGAUUCAUAGUGUGGCCUCAUGUUUGCCUGCUGCAGAUCAUCGGUGGAAUAUUUUUAUUCGUGGGCUCCUCAAAGAGCAAUCACUGGCUUUUCCUGCCCUGGCUGCUGGCAGCAUGCAUAUUUAUCUACACGCUUCUGUACAAAUCCAUCGUGUACUUCUACAAUCUGGAGGGCAGAAUGUUAUUCGUGGUUCCCCUGUUUCAAUCCAUUGCAGGUUUCUGGUCCUAUUUCAUGUACGAUGUCUUCCGGGACUUUCUUCAAAUGCACACUCAAUCGCAUCGAACAAUCGCCAUAAUGGAGUCCUUGCAAACGGAAUAUUAGUGCGUUUGUCUUUUUUUUCUAGCCCAGUGAAAAGCAGUUGAGCCGAGUGUAUGGAGCAAAUAAGUGUGAACAUGGUGUUUGCUGCGGGGUGUGCUUUCGUAGCCAAAAGUAAAAUAAGCGUUAAAAUGUCUGCUAACCCAGUGGAAGACUGGUCGGUGGGGUGUGGGUGUGGGUUCCGGGUCUCUUCUGGGGCUUUUGCGGUAUCGUUGCAUGCGUAUUGCAUUACCCGUCUCCUGUCCCCAACCACCCAACCACCCCCAACCCAAUGGCCCACCCCCUUUGGCACAAAGUGGCGUAUGAAUAGAUACAUGUUUUGUUGCCCGUUUUGUUCUGUUUGCCAUCCCACAAGCCCCUUCUCCGCCUGUCUGUGGACUGGUUGUCGUAAUCCAACAAGCAGACAGGUUAAAUACACCGCAAGGACAGACUCACACACACACACACACACACACAGUGAGGCUGCUGGAAAAAAGUGUGACAAAGAUGGUGGGGAAAACUGGCGGGAAAUGGGCGGAUAUUCGGGGAGGCGACUCGAGUCGCGCGAUUCGGUUGGGAAACAGACGCAUCCAAACAAACAAUAAUCAUGCAACAAUAGUGAGAGCCGCAAACAAAUUGCUUUUCUAUGUAUACACUGGAGUACAGGGAGCUGAGUGCACAGGGGAAAAAUAAGUUAUAUUUCAUAAAUAACAAGAUACAAAAUACAAGAACAAGAUAUUUAAAAUCUAACAUUAUCAAUCUAUUUUGUGAAUA